UCACUGAAUAAUAAUCCAGAGAAGAACGAAUCACAAAGUGGUGGGGGCCACUCGUUCAAUUAUUCCAUUUGAGGAGCUGACCAAGCUGAGAUUUGCUCCAGUAUAGCCCUUAAAAGUGCAUUUUCAUGUAUCUUACGGAUCCCGGCGACCAAUUGUUCGCUUACAAGUGCGAAAACAACAAUAGUUGUCCUUUUAAAGUGAUGAACGGGAAGAUUAAAGACUUCAAUUUCAACAAUCAGCGAUGCAAAAAACCAGAUGGAAUCAUGGGCGACAGUGAGUCAAGUGGUGAGGUGAAAAGUGAAGAGGUUUUAGCGCUUCGGGUUAAAUUCCCCACAAAAAUUCCGAUUAUAAUCAAACGGUACUCGAAGGAAGUGCUUCUACCCGAAUUAGAUAAGUACAAGUUUUUGGUGCCUCAAGAGAUCACCAUGUCGCAGUUCCUGACUAUCAUUAGGCUUCAAUUGGGUCCGAACCAUGCACUGUAUUUAUUAGUGAACAAUCGAUCGAUGCUCAAUCUCUCAUUAACUCUGGCUGAAGCUUAUAGUGGGCACGCAGCCCCAGACGGGUUUCUCUACAUAACCUAUGCCUCACAAGAAGUAUUUGGUAGCGCCUGAACCGAACCUUUGGGAUUACUCUUAAUGUACAUAGUAUUAAGUGUGUGUGUUUUGGCAUUACUUCCGUAAUGUUUCUUGAUUGAAUUUUAUUAGUGUAUGAAGUUUCGAAUGAAUUUGUUUUAAAUAUACGGAUUUGAACUGUGAA